CCUCGGCCAAUAUAUUAAGCCACACUCCCCUUAGACUCUCUCAUACUUACCUGCCCUCUGAGCACCUGUGCUGUCCACUCUCCGUUGAAGUAGCGAGCAGAACAUAGCAGACGAUGGUCGUCUGUCCAUAUUUCCUCCGUGGCCAAUGCAAGUUCGGUAGCCAAUGCAAGAAUGAGCACCCUCGCGAUGGCAGAACAGGCGGAUUCGGCUACACAACUUGGAACGCUUCAGGCCCAAGCACGGGCCCCGUAACGCCCACCACGCUCUUCACUGUAGAGAGCAUCUUGCGCGACCUUGACCCCAAGGUCGACCGGCCUGGCUGGCCGCUCUCCAGCUACGGCCCCGCGAAGCAGCAGCCGAACGUCAUCUCCGGGCUGGACGAGUCGCCCGAGGAGCUCCGCGUGAAGGCCUUCCUCGCCACCAAGGCAGGCACGGUGAAUGAGUAUAUGAAAUAUGAAGCAGACAAGAUCGCAGCGGCGGAACAGACCUUCGCGAACGCGCGUACGAACGUGAAGCAGGUGUACGAGCAGGCCACGCGUAACAUUCCCAACCCACAGUCAAGCAGCACCUCUGGUUCUGCAUCCGCCGGCGUGGACAGACGCCAAUGCCCGGGACGGCUACCGCCUUCGGGGCCAGCACGACGGCUGCGCCUGGGCUCGAGGCAACCUCGGCCUUUGGGGCACUCGCGCCCCGUCCCCCGCCCUUGUUCGGCGCCCCUGCUGCGGGGACCUCUGCCUUCGGCGCGCCACAACCCGCUACGCCCGCAUUCGGGACUCAACCCGCGUCAACGUUCGGCGCGCCAGUAGGCGGCACGAGCGCGUUCGGGCCGCCAGCCCCCGUCCAGUCUGCGUUCGCCGGUCCACAAACGCCGCCCAGGCCAGAAGCGGCCGCACUACAACAGCAGCCUA